AUGGAAGAUUUUACCGAUUAUCGUCACGGCAGUAGUGGUGGCCGGAAUAUAAUCUUUGGGAAGUACGAGAUGGGGAGGUUGUUGGGACAAGGGACGUUUGCAAAGGUGUACUAUGCUAAAGAUCUUGUUACUGCCGAAAGUGUAGCGAUUAAAGUCAUCAAGAAAGAUCAAGUUCGAAAAGAAGGUUUAAUGGAGCAAAUCACUCGUGAAAUCUCCAUCAUGCGGCUUGUUCGACACCCAAAUGUCGUUGAAUUAAAGGAAGUUAUGGCGACCAAACGGAAAAUCUUUUUCGUUAUGGAGUACGUCACCGGCGGCGAACUUUUUGCUAAGGUUUUGAAAGGGAAACUGAAGGAAGAUGUAGCGAGGAAGUAUUUUCAGCAGUUGAUUAGCGCCGUCGAUUUCUGCCAUAGCCGUGGUGUCUCCCACCGUGAUCUGAAGCCGGAGAAUCUACUUUUGGAUGAAAAUGGUGAUCUGAAAGUAACAGAUUUUGGGUUGUCGGCGUUGCCGGAGCAGUUAACGAACGACGGGUUGCUUCAUACACAGUGCGGAACACCGGCUUAUGUUGCACCGGAAGUUCUCCGGCGAAAAGGGUACGACGGCGCCAAGGCGGAUAUUUGGUCUUGUGGGGUGAUUUUAUAUGUUUUAUUAGCCGGGUUUCUUCCAUUUCAAGAUGAAAAUAUCAUGCGCAUGUAUAAAAAGAUCUUCAAAGCCGAAUACGAAUGUCCGCCGUGGUUUUCCGCCGACGCACGGCGGUUGAUUUCCAAAAUAUUAAUUGUGGAUCCGUCGCGUAGAAUCACAAUUCCGGCGAUCAUGCGAUUACCAUGGUUCUUGAAAGGAUUUCAAAGACCACUCGCGUUUUCAAUCAAAGAAACCGAAGAUCAGGGAAACGAAACAGAACAGCUCCCAAAAUUGAAAUCAUCGCCGCCGUUCUACAACGCUUUCGAGUUCAUUUCAUCAAUGUCUUCCGGCUUCGAUUUAUCAAACAUGUUCGAGAGUAAACGAAAAUCAGGAUCUUUAUUCACGUCAAGAUACUCUGCUUCCGUCAUUCUCGACAAACUCGAUUCAGCUGCUAAGAAACUCAACUUCAAGAUUCUGAAUUCAAAGCAAAACGAGUACAAAAUAAAGAUGCAGGGGAUAUCCGAGGGUCGAAAAGGGAAGUUGUUGGUGACGGCGGAGGUGUUCGAGGUGGCGCCGGAGGUUUCGGUGGUGGAGUUUUCGAAGUCAACCGGUGAUACACUCGAAUACAAGAAAUUCUGUGAAGAGGACGUUAGACCUGCCCUACACGACAUCGUUUGGAAGUGGCAAGGCGAAGAUAACAAUACCUAG